AUGGAUCCUGUGCUGAAAGCCGGAUUUUAUGUGCUGUCAUUCACCGCUUCUGUGGAAGGCGAUAAGCGGUUAAUCGGUAACUCAGGGGCGGCAGUUACCGUUAAGGUUAUGAAUGAAAUCCAUAUCGCGAAUGCGAAACUUAGCAUUGCCGACAGAGAACAGAUUAAUAGCUUUCUUAUGCUUUAUAGACUAACCCCAUACAAUAAGUUGAGUAAUUUGCUCGAAGCUGAUCACCAUCAGAAAAUAAUAAUCAAGUUCUCUGUUCUAUCGUUUAAUUUUAAUUUUAUGUACUAUCUGACAUUUGUUGCUGAACCUGAUAAAACAAAGAUGCACAAGUUCGAUGUGGAUCUUCACAAAUCCUCCAAAGAUUUCAACUACAAAUCCGGAAAGUACGAAAUUCGUUUGAUAGUUGCAGAUCCAUUGAUCACCAAUCCGGUUUCGUGCGUAUUUUAUGGAAACUUUCAGGCUGACAUUCGCGUUGAACGCUUGUCAUACGAAAAGCGACCAGAGAUCUUUCACACAUUCCGUCAGCCAGAAAAGUUGCCCCCGGUUGUCAUUAGUAACGUAUUUACGGUUCUGGUGUUGUCUCCGCUGCUAUUGCUGUUCAUUCUGUGGUUCCGAAUCGGCGCUAACGUUCGUGGAUUUCCAUGCAGUUUUUAUGCCGUUGGCUUCCAUGCUUGUCUCGGCGCGAUCUUCGCGCUGUACUUUGUGUUUUGGUUGAAACUGAAUAUGUUUCAAACUCUCAAGUAUCUUCUUGGAAUUAGCCUGUUGACGUUCGUUUGCGGAAACCGCACUCUCCGUUCGAUAUCCGAGAGAAAGUAUGCGCCUCAUCGUUUCUUGCAUAGCCACUAA